CCAGGCAGAUCAAAGUGCACACCUCGUAUAAACAAAUCGCCUGCAAGCUCACCACAAACGCGAGCUUCACCACCAUGGCACCAGAUGGAUCGGCCACGACCGGAGCGACACAAACACUCACCAGCCUGGCCCGCACCCGCCACAGCACCCGGGCCUACAAGCCUGAUCCCGUUCCCAGACCGCUGCUGGAAGAAUGCUUCGAGAUCGCACAGCAUGUUUCGUCAAAAUCAAACCUGCAGCCGUGGCGUGUAACAGUCGUAGAGGGCGCUGCCCUGCAACGCCUCGAGAAGAGCCUCCUAGCUGCUGUCGAAGCCAACGAAGCACCACAGAUCGCCCCGAUUCCGGUCAAGUACUCAAAGUAUCGCUCCGCGAUGGGGCGUUCCAUCUACGGGCCAGACGGGUAUAACAUCCCACGAGACGCCAGGGAACAGCUGGAGACUGCGCGGCAGAGGAAUUAUACAUUCUUUGAUGCGCCCAUCGGAUUGAUCGUGGCGAUGGAUAGUGCGCUUGCCAAGGUCGAUGUCUUAUCCGUGGGGCUGUAUCUGCAGAUGUUGCUUUUGUUGUUGCAAGAGCGUGGCGUUUCCAACUGCAUCGAAGUCAGUGUGGCGGGCUACCCGCGACAGAUUCGGGAGGAACUGGGCAUUCCAGAGGAUAUGGAUAUACUUUGCGGAGUCGCGGUCGGAUACGCAGACCAGACGAAGCCGGGGGCUAGGAUCCCCGGGGAGAGGGACGAUUGGUGGAGCAAUGUUAAUUUUGUAGGAAACUGACAACAUGUUCCUUUCCAGUACAGAAGUCUUGUUUGAUGGUAAGUCGUGGCGUCGUGAGUAUCAAUGGGCAGCGCAUCACUCUGUAUGCAGGGC